AUGCGAAGUAUACAAUAUAUAGGAGCUUAUUCUAAGUUUCCACAAAUGACAAAAUGUUUUAAAACUGAAAAAAUAAUAACGGUAAAACGAUUUGUUAGUAAAUUCCCAUAUCUUUAUGGGGAAACAACAAACCAUUCGAAUAGUCAAAAUGGAAUGAAUGAAUAUAAAUCAGACAUAGAUAUUCAUAUUAAUAAUAAUAACAUGAAUAUAUUUAACGACAAAUUAAUAUUAAAUGAAAAAUUAAAAACCAAUAAAUUAUUUUCUGCAUAUACAAACAGUUACAUAAAUAAAGAAAGUGAACAUAUUUUAAUAUUAUGUCUAAAAAAAAUAAAUGAAUAUGAAAAAAAUAAAGAAAAUAUAAAAAUAAGUGUUUUUAUUUAUGAAUUACAAAAUUUAAGUAAAUCAAAAAUAAGUUUUAAUGUUUUAAAAAAUAUCAAAACAAUUAAAAAUUUUCUUGAUCAUAUAAAUAAUAAUAUACACACAGCAUCACCAUCUUUAUUAUUGUCUGUUGCUAUAAGUUAUAAAAAUAUAAAAUUAAAUAAAUAUGCAUAUUAUAAAAAUAUAUUAAAAAAUAUUUGUAAUCAUAUUAAGGUUUAUAAAAAUAAUAAAUUAACUAAAUUAUUAAAAAGUGAAGAUAAUGACCAAAAUAAUAAAGACGAUUAUCAAUAUACUAUCAAAUUGUUACAUAAAAAAAAAAAAAAUCAUAAAAUUAAUAUGUUAAAUUUGUAUACAAACCACUUAAAUAAUAGUGCCUUGUCUUAUAUAUUACAUGCAUAUUCUUCUUUAUUUAAUAUAUCAAAUUGUUAUUUGCUUUAUAUAUGUAAAUAUAUAUUACUAAAUGUUGGUAAUUUGAACUAUUUAGAUAUGCUUUCUCUUUUAUAUUUUAUGAAUAAAUCUAAUAUAAAAAUUAGUAAAUCCGAUAUAUUAUUUUGCUUAAAUAACAAUGCACUAAAUAAUAUUAACCAGAAUAAAAAUGAAACCGCUAAAAAUAAUUAUAAUAAUAAACAAUUGACACACAAAAACAACAUUAAAAAUAAUACUGAAUUGAAUAAUAGCAUAAAUAUCUUAACAAAUAAUGAAAAAAUGAUUAUACAGAAUGCAACUCAAUUAAAUAAAUCAAAUAUAAAAUAUAAUGAAUACAAAAACACAUACAUAAAAAUUCUAAGGACAAUUAUUCAUUUAAUAAAUAAAAAAACAGCAUUUAAUGAAAAUACAAAUAUAUUAAUAUUAAUAUUGUAUUAUUAUUUUAAAAUGAAUUUAGUACCUAUACAAAUAUUUUACAAAUUACAUUACAGAAUUAAAAAAAAUAUUAAAAAUGUAGACAUAAAAUAUAUAUCUUUAUAUCUCUACAUUUUAAGUAACAUUAAAUUUAAUCUUGGCUUUUAUAAAUUUAUUUACAAAUAUUUAGCCAACGUUUUUACAAACAGAACUAAAGAGUUUAACAUUUUAUCUCUUUGUCUUUCCUUUUAUUCUCUCUCAAAAAAUGAGUACUAUGAUGACAAGUUCGUUAAUUCUUGUCUUAGCUUGUUUAAAAGGCACGCUGAAAGUUUAAAUGAUGUAAAUAUCACAAAUAUUGUGUACACACUAGGGAAGUUAAAAAAAAAAGAUGAGAAAUUCUUUGAUAUAAUAUGCGAAAUUUUAACUCGAAGAAUUGAAAAUAUAUCCGCAAUAAAUUUAAGCUUGAUUAUUCAUAGUUUAUCAAAACUUCAUUACAAAAAUGAUAAGUUUUAUAAAAUUUGUGUUGAUAAAGGAAAGGAGUUGUUAUGUAGUUUUACCCCAAAACAGUUAAUCGUAUUUACCACGGGAUUGGUAAUGAAUAAUAUAUAUGACUUUGAUUUUAUGCAACUCUUUUUUAAUCAUAUUAUAUGUAUAGAUAGCAAUAGUUCUGGUAUGAAUAAUGAUAGCAAGCAAAAUGCCAAAAAAAAUAACAUGCUAAGUAUUAUAUGCUUUAGUACAGUUCUUGAAAAAGAACAUUUCAUUAAACAAUUUCCACUAUCUAUAAACACAUUUAUUUCUAAAAAUAUGAAUUUUAUUCAAUGUAAAGAAUAUACAACUAUUCAUGAUGAGAUAUUGAACAUAUUAAAUUAUUUAAAUGUAGAAAAUUUUGAAAUAUUAAAAGAAAAAAAACCUUAUAUGUUUGAUAUAUUUAUUAAAGGGGAUGGUAAAAAUAUAUAUAUCGAUAUAUUAUCACGAAAAAAAUAUUUAGCUUGUUCAGAAAAUUUAAAUGGAUUUAUGGAAUUAAAAAAAAGACAUUUAAAUUUAUUAAAUGGGAAAUAUUAUUAUUUUGACAAAGAUUCAUUUACAUCAUUAGAAUCGAUUAAUAAAAAAACUAAUUUUAUAAAAAACUUUUUACAAAAUAUAUGCUUUUACAAUUUCAAUGUUUUAAAUCAAGCCGAUGAACGAACAAAAAGAGACAUAACAAAUUUAAUAUAUUGCAAUCAAAAUGAAAAAAAAAAAAAUUUAUAUAUGGAGUUGUAUGAAAGAAAACAAGAUUAUUCUAAAGAAAAUUCAAAUUAUUCACAAAAAUAUAACAAUAGCAAUCUUAUUAAAAACAGAAAUUAUUUUUUAUUUCCAACUUAUUCGAAAAUUGAAAAUGUAGAAAAAAAUUUACAUAAAAAAAUAAAAAAUAAAAUAAAUUUUGGUGAACCGUUAAUAAAAAAACACCAAAUAUUUAUCGAUUAUGACCAAGGAAUAUUAUUAAAUCAAAGUAAAAUAAAUUUAAUAAAUAAAUCGGAUAAAGAUUUUCAAAAUAUUCAAAACAAAGAUAAUAAUCAAUACUCUUUAUUGCAUAAUGAAAAUCAUUUCUUAUUUUCAAAAAAAUUACAUGGAUUAACCAAAUUUGAGUGUGUUGAUAAAAAAUCAGGAAAAAUUGUUGUUAAAAAAAAUAAAAUAUUUUGA